GAUCAUGAAGGCUCAUGGCCUAGAUCAGUGACCUCCAUUGCACCGGGGAGGGGUGCUGGUCUACCAUCUCCCCAAGCGGGAGAGUGGACGUCAUAAUUUGUGGUAGAGGGGGAACGCGUUCGCGCGGCCCCCGCCAAUACUAUACAAGUGUUCCGAUGCAACUCCAUAGAGUUUUCUGAGACUCUUAAUAAAAGCUGCAAUAUCUGCACUGUAUCACUCGUCGGCGAACUAUCCUUCGCAGAACAGACGUGUUUGCUGGGAUCAAUGCAGCCUUUGGUGCUCUUGGAAAUCAGAUCCCUCCCCUGUUGUGCCCUUGAAUGGGUUAGUGGUAAGAGAGAGCUCUUCCACCGGCCGUGUGGGAGACGACGGAGAUGGAAGGGGGAGGCUGCCGUCACUCCAAGUGUGGUCGGAUCCGGAUGGAGUAACGGGUUAAAACGCAGUCUUUCAUCCGCUUCUCCACGACCGUUGAUAAGACCAACUUUGCCUUUCGGAACCAAUCUAAAGUAGACACGAAUCCUAAAGCACUGAUACGAAGAGUUGAACGCCUUCGUCGCUUGCCAUCCCACCCCCAAUCUCUCCGUCGCCGUCCCGCUCCCCACUCACCGUCUCCGCCCGCGGCCUCUCCCGGAAUCGGAUCGCGCUGCCCCAUCUUCGGCCUCCGCCUCUUCUUCCGUCCAAGGAACAAUGGCCAGCAAAUCUAGCAGUGAUAGUCGGGAGCCAGUGAAUGAGCAAAUUAUUUUAAACACAUAUGCAAACAUGCGGUCAGAAAUUAACCAGAUCUACUCAAAGAUCACUGAGCUAGAGAUGGAAGUCAGUGAGCACUCUCUUGUAAUAGGUGCCAUACAACCACUUGAUCCAUCACGCCGCUGCUACCGGAUGGUUGGUGGUGUGCUGGUCGAGAGGACAAUCAAGGAAGUCGUGCCUGCUGUGCAGCGCAACAAGGAAGGUCUCGAGGAGGUCAUUGCUCGCCUCAACGAGGCACUGGAGAAUAAGAAGAAGGAGAUUUCAGAAUUUGAAUUGAAGUAUAAGAUCAAGAUAAAGAAAGCUGACAGCGAGACCAAGGAGGAUCCCAACCUAAAAGAAGGUUCUGCGCAGGGGGUUCUUGUAGGCCCUGCAAGCUAAUGGAAAGUGCUAGGAAAUCAAGUAUGGAUGUCUUUUUCAUGGCAUGCUAAAUCUGGUUUGUAUUUUCUACAGAAGACAUUUUCCUGUGAAGUUUCUGUUGCAUACGAGUCCUGAUGAAUUGUCUGAUGAUAGUAUUGUAGUAAUUCAUGACUUGUGUUUGCUUCUGUGGAAGUAAACCGAUUAAUCUAUGCAUGAAUCUGUUUAAUCUAAGAA